CGCCACCAUUUGCAUUUGCAGGACAAGCAAACAAAACCAAACGAAGAUCUAGCAGAGAGACCCGACCAAGAUCAAUGACGGUGCUGCCGGAGAAGACAAUCGGCAUGAUGGGUGGGGUGGAGCAGCAGCAGCAGCGAGUGAGCAAGCAGUUUCAUCAGUUUCAGAUGCCUCUUCACUACCCAAGGUACAAGAAGAGUGACUAUGAGGCCAUGCCGGAGUGGAAACUGGACUGCCUUCUCAAAGAAUACGGCCUCCCGAUAGUCGGAGACGUCGCCCAGAAGCGGAAGUUUGCCAUGGGAGCCUUCCUCUGGCCUUGUGAUCAAUAUUGAUUAUGAGAAACUUCAAACCUUAAAUCAUCAGUUUACUUACUGUUAGCUACUCUGUGUUUUGUGUUAGUACGUUCAUAUGAAAAAGUUAAGAAUGUUUCUUUUAAGUUUUUUAGUAGGUGAAACCACUAAGUAUAUCCAAGAAUAUUGAAAGAUACCUACUUGGCUCCUUAUUGGUGACCACAAUUUUUGUCCACCAUUUUUGACAUUUAAGAGAUAGGAAGGAACAAAUUAGUAACUUCUUUUAAUAAAAAGAGUUGUUAAAUGUCCGAGCAUGGUGGAGAUAAGAUUUGAUUCUCACCUCGUAAGCAGCCAAGUAUUGUUAAAACUUUGUUAUUAUACCACAAUAAAUGUAAUAUUUAAAUCUUAUUAUGUUUUA